AUGGAGACAACAGACAAGAACAAGGCCAAGGGCGACCGCAUCGUCGUCGACAGUUCAAAUCUCUCCGAGCUCAAGGCUACCUGCGAUGAAGCUGUGGAACGAAUCCUAUCGCGGCAGCCAGAUGAUGAGUCCGUGGCAAAAGCUCAAGCGUUUGCGCCCUUCAAGGUGAGCCACUUGCACGAUGACUUGCGUCUCCUGCUCGGCUUCACAGCAUCCGCUAUCAUGAUCGGCACCUCGACCUGGGCAUAUUUUGUCGAGAAGGAGUGGAAUCGUAACAAGCAAACAUGCGGGAUCGCUGUCGUCAUUUACAUCAUUCUAUCUGCGAUCCAGGCGGCUAACUCGUACCUGCAAGGCAACACCAUCUUCACCGGCACUCGCAAGAUGCUUUCCAACCGCAUUGAAACCGAGCAGCUCCUCAUUUCCUCGCCUCCCCUUCCAAAAGCAAUCAAGAAGAAUGCCAAAGCUCCCAGCGGCAAGCCCAUUUUGACUCCUCCAGCAUACACAUUGCACUUUCACUACACCCGAAAGAGCAACAAGGGCAAGUCGCUUCUCAGCAAAAAGAGCGGCUCGCUUCCACUUGGUCAUCUUGGCGAAUGGUUCACUGAACAUGGAGAGUUUGCACAAGACAUCUUCCAGCAGAGAUUGCUGUCAGGCCUCCAAAAGGCUUUCGGUCAAUAG